CCUUUCAGUUGAAGAAAAUAAAAAUAAAAGUAGAGAUUCUAACAACUGUUGGCUUUUUGAUAGAAUUAAACUUGACGAGGAGUGAAUCUAGGAAGAUGGGAUUGUGUCUGCCAUGUUUAAAUGGUUCGGCCGAUGAUUAUGAGCAGCCUGAUCCGGAAGAAAGAAGAAGGCAAGCCGCAGUGGCAGCAGAACAGAGACAAAAAACAGAGGAAAGUCGUGGAGUUAAAGACCCUGAAGCUUUGAAAAGAAAACAACAAGAACGAGAAAAGAUUGAGAAAGAGGCUGAAUCUCGCGGAAUGACGGGUCAAGGAGAGGGUUUAAAGAUUCAACUUGAAGCCGAGGAAGAGAUUCAAAAUGGCUGUGAUCUAUGUUCGUAUGUGUAUUAUUUCUAUGUAACAACUUCUUCGUUAGAAACAAUGGCGUAGUUAACCAUCACUUAUUUUCUGUCUUUCCUUACUCACAAAAGUCAGCUUCAUUUACAGUAAAAAAAUGGAGGUUUACUUCCAAUUUUCUCCACCUGAUUGAUUUCUGUUAGAUUUUCGGCUGAUAACUCUUCACCAGAUUGAGUUAUUGAAGACAGACAACACCAUGCAGUGUGCAAUGAGGGAGAUUUCGUCGGACUACAUUCAAUAAUAAAAGUUGAUGUCCUAUGGUACAAAUUGAUGUUAUCAAUAUCUAAGAUAAACACAUGAAAAAUUUAGAAAACCUCAAUCCCGUUAAGAAAUAGAACAACAGGCAACAGAUAAAUUAUAACCAAAUUGAGACAACAAUUAAAUUCUCAGAAAUAAUAACACAAUUAACUUUAAAUAAAUGCUUCCAUUAUUUCUUUUUUUCAACAGUAUUUUAACAUAAACAAUUUCCCUAAAAUAAAAUCAUAUCAUACAACUCAUAUAAAUGCUUCUAUUUAUCUGUCAGUAUUUGAACAUUCUAAACCCAACAAUUUACUUUCUCCAAUAAACUUCAACUCAAACAGAGCAAUAAAUUCUUUUAAAUUAACAGACAUAUUUAUAAUAAUUAUAUUAAACUUAAGUAAAUACUUUGAUUAUUUUUCACAAAGCCAAUUUCUAUGAUUAUUAAUACCUCACUUCCAAAAUAAAUAAAUGCCUUUAAAUUAACAUAAAAUUUGCAUAAAUUAUAAUAUUUCUAUAGUAAAUUAACAUAAUAAUUGUCUUAAUUAUUCCAAUAUCCCAAUGAAUUUUACAUUUUACAUAAUGCUAAAUUAUAUUUAUUUCAAAUCUGUAGAAAAUUCAGAAAUUAAUAAUUUUGUCUCAAGUCUGCAUCAUACAAUAUUUUAAUUGUUCACGGAAGAACUCAAAUAAUUCAGAAAAUAUUUUAUCAAAAGUUAAAAACAUAAUUUCCGUAAUAUUAAAUACUGUUAAUUAUUUCAAUAAUCGUUCACGAAGAAGAUUUUCCAAUUUGACGGCAUCAACUCCAAAUUUCCUGAUGCCUUCUGCUAAUUUCUCUGUUGCCAUGGCAUCUUCAUUCAAUUCCCAUCUGAAUACAUUUUCAUCUACAGUCACUUUUUCUAUCUUUUGAGACUUGGCUGA